AUGGAGAAACAUAUCCGGGGACUGCACUGGUUAAAAAAGAUUGAUCUUCAAAAGUCCGGUGUCCGCUUUCGAUCAGCUGACUUGAGUUCCCUCAACGAACAGUACAGGGAGCUUAAAUCGUCUUAUGAUGCUGCGCAAAAAACCAUUGUAAAGGAGAUCCUCUCCGUGACUGCUGGCUACCUCGAACCCCUUUACGUACUGGGCGCAACCACUGCCUUUUUGGAUGUGAUUGUGAGCUUGGCCGUGGCUGCUGUCUCGGCGCCCCAACAGUACGUUCGUCCGCGUUUUCUACCUCGCGAUCAGGGCUGCAUCCGCAUCAAGGACUUUCGUCAUCCCUGCCUCGAAAUGCAGAGCGGUGUGAACGUCAUCCCGAAUGAUGUCCACUUACAGCGAGGGAAACGCAUCUUCAAGACCAUAACGGGACCAAAUAUGGGCGGAAAAUCCACCUAUAUCCGGGGUACUGGCCUCCUUGUGGCUAUGGCUCAAAUUGGAAGUUUUCUCCCCUGUUCAGAAGCCGAACUCGUUCCUGUGGAUGCCAUCAUGGCACGCGUUGGAGCUGCGGACUGCCAACUUCGCGGCAUUUCCACUUUUAUGGCUGAAAUGUUGGAGACAGUUUCCGUUCUCAAGGUAUCCACUUUUACCUGUCUGCUUCUUUCUGUCCCAGAUGUAGAUGCUAGGUUUGGUGACAGAGGCUCCUCAAGCGAGUGCUAG